AUGACCCAGACCAACCACAGCUCACAUUCAUCUGCCAGUCAAAUGAGCAGAGCCAGCUCGCAAGACGCGGUCAUCCUAGCAAGCGACUACGGCAACAGUUCUGAUCAUGAGAGGCAGCUGCGUGUCCGCAAUGUCGACGGCGACCUUCGCUCGCUCGUUGACCAGAGUAUCGAGCCUGAGGACCCUGUCCAAGCGGAAACAGCUCGCUUGCGCAAUCAACGGAACGAGCUGGCCGAAUAUCUGAGAGUUCAGACGACCCUCACUACUAGGUUGCAAAUCAGGAAUGGCAUCCUGGAGGGUGAUCGCCGGCGUGGUCAAGUGGAGAUCGCAAGCCUGAACGAACGCAACAGUCAGCUCGCCGCUUCCACUGCUGCUGCUGUAAGGGAGGCUAGACGCAAGCAGUAUGCUGACGAUAUGAUGGAGAGCAAGACCAAAUGGAUGAUAACCUUGCUCAUUCUGUUCAUCGCGAGCGUUGCGCUGGUAUAUGGCUGGUGGCGUUGGUACAAUGCGGAGUCAUUCAACUACAUCCGGUUGAGGAGGGAUGCUGUCUACGGCAAGGGCCGGUGA